AUGUCUUCAGCCGAGAAGAAACGUCUUAGGGACCGUCGCUCACAGCAAACACUCCGUGACAAGAAGCAGCGACAUGCUGCCGAGCUCGAAGAAAAAGUCGCACACUGUGAACAGCACCACAGUGAUCAAGGCGUGCAGCGACUUCUUCAAGUUAUCCAAGGGCUCCGCGAACAAAAUGAGACACUUCGCUGCCGUCAAAACAGCUUAAAGUCUCUUGUCAGCUCAUGGGAGACAGAGCAAGAGGAGUUGCCUGUCGCAGCUGACUCGAACCAUGACUGGUCCUCUCUGUACAAAGAAAUGAGCAACCGGGAAGCCCAGUUUUCCCUGCAGACGGACCCCAAUAUUUCAAUCCUUCAUGGCCGACAGGGGAUACCUUCUCUUCUGAAUGACCCUCUCUCGGCUGCAGCAACACCACCACAAAUCCAUUCCCCGUCACUGGAACCUGUUUCGUCCGCGUCUUGGAGUCAAAUUCCAUCACACAGCGACGACCUGGCCACAGGAACAGAAAUUUCCUGUCCGUGGUUCGCUUACCUAGACCAGAUAACACCAUGCCCAGACUCCCCCAGUUCCCCGCUGGAUAUGUUAUAUGGCACGAAAACAAACCCACUGGCCGAUAUGAUCCACUCAGCUCUGCAACGUCGCCCAAUCCGCGAUCCAGAGCGGCUCGGGUUUGGAUGGGUGAUCUACCACUAUUCCAGAUGGAUCCUUAGGCCCACCCCAGAGACCUUUGCCAGGCUGCCGGAGUUCCUCAGGCCUGUGCAGGGCCAGAUGACCAUUCGGCACCCUAUGAUAUUGGACAUUGUUCCGUGGCCGAGGAUGAGAUUGAAUCUUAUCCGGCGGUGGCAUUUAUAUGCCGAUGAGCGUGACGAUCUCUUCGGUAUGUUUGCUUGUUGUGUGAGGAUUCGAUGGCCUUGGGGUGAGAGGAUUCUUGAACGAGAUGAACGGAAUGAGUUGUGUAUCAAGAAAGAAUUCUAUGACACUUUCAUGCGUUUGGGCGGUUGGGGGGCUUACACCGGAGUUCAUUAA